AUGUCGGAGAAUCAGAGCUGCGUGAGGAUGACAAGAGCGGCGGCGAAGAGAAAAGCUUCGAUGGCUAUGUCCACCGACGAAGGACGAGUCAGCAAGAAGAGAGUUGUGCUUGGUGAGCUUCUCAAUGUUCCCAAUCUCAAUCAGAAAAGAGUGACCCAGAAACCCAAAACGUCUCUUUGGUCCCCAAUCAAGCAGAUUAUGACAGAAGAUCCGGUUGUCGUAUCGCCGGAGGUUACGGCGGAGACGGCGAUGGUUGCCCUAAAACCAGCCUCUGACAUCGAUGCUCGUUCUGAUGAUCCUCAGAUGUGUGGACCUUAUGUCACCGACGUCUACGAGUACCUCCGUGAAAUGGAGGUGAAACCGAAACAAAGACCAUUACCGGAUUAUAUCGAAAAGGUUCAGAAAGAUGUAACACCAAGUAUGAGAGGUGUUUUGGUAGAUUGGUUAGUUGAGGUUGCUGAGGAGUAUAAGCUCGUCUCCGAGACUCUCUAUCUUACAAUCUCGCAUAUCGAUAGAUUCUUGUCCGUAAAGACUGUCAACAAGCAAAAGCUUCAACUUGUGGGAGUUUCUGCAAUGCUUAUUGCUUCGAAGUAUGAAGAGAUCAGUCCUCCUAAAGUGGAAGAUUUUUGUUACAUUACGGAUAAUACAUUUACGAAACAAGAUGUGGUGAAGAUGGAGGCAGAGAUACUUCUUGCGCUUCAGUUUGAAUUAGGAAGGCCUACUAUCAAUACUUUUAUGAGACGGUUCUCAAGGGUUGCUCAAGAAGAUUUCAAAGUGCCACAUUUGCAGCUAGAGUCUCUCUGUUGCUAUUUAUCCGAACUGAGUUUGCUAGACUACAAAGCUGUCAAGUUUGUGCCAUCUAUGUUGGCUGCUUCUACUGUCUUUCUUGCUCGAUUCAUCAUCCAUCCCAAACAACAUCCUUGGAAUCAAACUUUAGAAGAAUACACGAAAUACAAAGCGGCUGAUUUGCAAGUAUGCGUGGGAAUUAUACAUGACUUGUAUCUGAGCAGAAGAGGAGGUGCUCUACAAGCUGUUAGAGACAAAUACAAGCACCAUAAGUUCAAGUGUGUAGCAACCAUGCCUGUAUCACCAGAGCUACCGGUAACCUUUUGGGAGGAUGUUACCAUAUGA